AUGGGAUCAUCAGAUAAGAAAAGAAAAUCCACAGAUGAUACUGAAUUAUCAGAGAAAAAAAAAUUAAAAUUAGCUAAAAAAGAAGCUAAGAAACAAGCUAAAUUAGAAAAUAAGAAAGAUAAAUCAUCUGAUAAACUAGAGAAACAAGAAAAGAAAAAAGAGAAGAAAGAGAAGAAAGAAAAGAACGAUAAAAGCAGUAAGAAAGAGAAAAAAGAAAAGAAAGAUAAAUCAUCAAAAGUAGAACCAAAAGAAGAAGAAGAAGUGAAUGAAGUAGAAGAAAAAGAAGAAUCAACUAACUCCAAUAAUACUUCAACAAAUUCAAAUUAUAUUCAAUCAUCAGAAUUGACAAAUUUAUCACAAUCAAAAAUAGAUGAAUUUUUAUCUACAAAUGAAGUAACAAUAGAAGAUCCUCAAAAUUUAAAUUAUAGACCAAUAAUUUCAUUUAAUCAAAUAAAUUUAAAUAAUGAAAUUUUAAAAAAAUUAAAUAAAUUUUCAAAACCAACACCAAUUCAAUCAGUUUCAUGGCCAUAUUUAAUUGAUGGUAAAGAUGUUAUAGGAGUAGCAGAAACAGGAUCUGGAAAAACAAUGGCAUUUGGAGUUCCAGCAAUAAAUAAUAUAAUUACAUCAAAUAAUCAAAAGAAAGAUCUUAGUGUAUUAUGUAUAUCACCAACAAGAGAAUUAGCUUUACAAAUUUAUGAUAAUUUAAAAGAAUUAACUGAUGGAACUUCAAUAUCAUGUAUUGCAAUAUAUGGAGGAGUAUCAAAAGAUGAACAAAUUCAGAAAAUUAAAAAGGGAGUUAAUGUAGUAAUUGCAACUCCAGGAAGAUUAGUUGAUUUAAUUAAUGAUGGAUUAAUAAAUUUAAGCAAGAUAAAUUAUUUGGUUUUAGAUGAAGCUGAUAGAAUGUUAGAAAAGGGAUUUGAAGAAGAUAUAAAAAAAAUUAUUGGAUCAACAAAUUCAAAAAAUAGACAAACUUUAAUGUUUACAGCAACUUGGCCAAAAGAAGUUAGAGAUUUAGCUAAUAAUUUUAUGAUCAACCCAAUAAAAAUAACAAUUGGAGAUCGUGAUGAAUUAAGUGCCAACAAGAGAAUAACUCAAAUUGUUGAAGUAUUAGAUGAUAAAUUUCAAAAAGAAAAAAAAUUAAUAAAUUUACUUCAUAAAUAUCAAGGUUCCAAAGUUGAAAAUAAAAUUUUAGUAUUUGCAUUAUAUAAAAAAGAAGCAUCAAGAAUUGAAUCCUUAUUAAAAAGAAAUAAUUUUAAAGUUGCAGCAAUUCAUGGAGAUUUAUCACAACAACAAAGAACUCAAGCAUUAGAUUCAUUUAAAUCUGGUUCAUGUAAUUUAUUAUUAGCAACAGAUGUUGCAGCAAGAGGUUUAGAUAUUCCCAAUGUAAAAUAUGUUAUAAAUUUAACUUUUCCAUUAACUAUAGAAGAUUAUGUUCAUAGAAUUGGUAGAACUGGUAGAGCUGGUCAAUCAGGUAUUGCACAUACUUUUUUUACAGAAGAUGAAAAACAUUUAAGUGGUGCUUUAUGUAAUAUUUUAAGAGGUGCAAAUCAAAAAGUUCCUGAAGAAUUAUUAAAAUUUGGUGGUCAUACUAAAAAGAAAACUCAUUCUGUUUAUGGUGCUUUUUAUAAAGAUGUUGAUAUGAGUAAAACUGCUAAAAAGAUUAAAUUUGAUUAG